AUGGUAGCUAUAGCGAACGCACACAACGAUCUGAUUCAUGAUGCAGUCCUGGACUACUACGGCAAGAGACUGGCCACCUGCUCGUCAGACAAGACAAUCAAGAUCUUCGAAGUCGAGGGCGAGACUCACAAGGAGGUAGCCACUCUGGAAGGUCAUGACGGUCCAGUUUGGAGAGUCGACUGGGCACAUCCAAAAUUCGGUACCAUCUUGGCCUCAUGUUCGUACGACGGGAAAGUUCUCAUUUGGAAGGAGGAAAACGGUAGAUGGUCUCAAAUUGCAUGUCAUGCGGUCCAUUCUGCAUCCGUCAAUUCAGUUCAAUGGGCUCCACACGAAUACGGGGCCCUAUUAUUGGCUGCUUCCUCGGAUGGGAAAGUCUCCGUGGUGGAAUUUAAAGAAAAUGGUACUUUGACCCCCAUUAUUAUUGAUGCUCAUAACAUUGGUGUCAAUUCAGCUUCAUGGGCUCCUGCCACACUACAAGAAAAUAAACCAACAAAGUCCCCUGAAGAAUCACGUAGAUUUGUUACUGGGGGUGCUGAUAAUUUAGUUAAAAUUUGGAAAUAUAAUAAUGAAAGCCAAACUUAUCUACUAGAAGAUACUCUACAAGGUCAUUCGGAUUGGGUGAGGGAUGUCGCAUGGUCUCCAAGCGUUCUAUUACGUUCCUACAUUGCUAGUGUUUCUCAAGAUAAGACUUGUAUCAUUUGGACUCAGGAAAAUAAUGAUAGUUCUUGGAAGAAGACUGAAUUACAGAAGGAAAGAUUCCCAGAUGUCUUAUGGAGAGCAAGUUGGUCAUUAUCUGGUAAUAUCUUGGCUCUUUCAGGUGGUGACAAUAAAGUGACACUUUGGAAGGAAAAUCUAGAAGGUAAUUGGGAACCUGCAGGAGAAGUUGAACAAUGA